UCAACUUUGUAUCCAUUUAAAUUAACCCUUUUUCAAUAAAGCACUAUUGUUUAGAUAUUAAAUGAGUAGUCUUCUUUUUGAGUAAGGUGUGAGGUCCACUGGGAAGAUUCAAGACCCCAAUUACAACUGUAUGUUAGAGCAGAAAGUUACUUGUAUUAAUAGCAGGAGUACUGCAUAACCCAGAUACUCCAAAAGCAAUGCAGUAGCUGUACGGAAGUGUGUACAGGCUAUCAAAUUGUCUGCAGACUCUCCGGUAAAGUGGGCACUGAGACUUCAUAGCUAAGUUUACUAAUUAGAAAAUGAAGCAACAACUGUUAAACAUCCUGGGAAGUAAAAGUGAUCCAAGUAUGUCUCUACUUCUCCAUACUUGUAAGAAGAGAGAUGAAUUAGGAAAACAGUGUCUUAGUUUUUUUUUAAUAUGUUUGUUUAUUUUCUGGUUGUCGUUUUUUGUGUGUUUGAGACAAACUUACUUUGGAGCCUGGCUAACCUGGAAAACUCUAUGUAAAUCAGGCUGGUGGUCUUCAACUCAAAUCUACUGCCUGCGCCUCUGGAGCGCUGAGAUUAAAGGUGUAUGCCACCAUGCUCAGAUUUUUAAGUUUUUCUACCUUUUUAUUGUAUGUGUAUGAGUAUUUUCCCUGCAUGCAUGUCUUUGUACCAUGUAUAUGCGUAUCACCCAGAGGCUAGAAGAGGAUGUCAGAUCCCCUGGAACUGGAGUUACAGACAGUUGUGAGAAGCCUUAUGGGUGUCGGGAACUGAAUUUGUGUUCUGGAAGAGCAGCCAGUGCUCUUAACAGCUAAACCAUCUCCCCAGCCCAGGAAAGCACCUUUAAAAAUCUGAAUUUGCUCUGAUGAGAUGGCUUAGUGGGUAAAAGUACUUACCUUAUAACGUGAUCAAACGAGUUUGAUCCCAGGAUUUAUAGCACGCGCACGCGCACACACACACACAAUGUUUUAUAAAAACCUGCAAUAACAAACCACAUAACCGGAAACUUUAUCCUAAUCUGGGUGGAUGAUCAACCUCUUCGGCUUCAUGCCCGUUUGUCAGCCUGACCCCUGUAUUGACCAGAGCCCUUCUCAUCCUCUUGCUUUCUAAGCAGCGUACUGACCCUAGGAAAUGAGGCUCCUGCUCUCAAAAUCAUUAGGUUGCUCAUGUCUAACCUCAUUCUUGUCUUGUCUAGUCCAGCUCCUUAACGAUUGACAUCACAGUCAGUGGCUGUGGCAGUGGCCGCUUACAAGAAAGGGAUAGCCAAGGUGGUGGAGGACGUUGGGACGCCUACUAACUGUGUUGAGCACAGUCAGCCUGUGCUCCUAGGUUGCCUUGGGGAAGCUGAGGCCCUCCCUGCUUAUCUGAGGGACUUCUAGCCAAUGGCUAGUGCUCUAUAUGAAUCGCUUGGGGCCUGUGUCGAUUUAUUUAGCCUAGACUGUGGUUCUAAGGGCUGGCUCCCUGCAGGGCCAUUCAAUUAACAAAUGGAAGAAGAAGGUGAGGUUGCUGCAAGUCAGAAGUGGAAGGACCAGAAUCCAGUCUUUGAUUUCCAGAAAAUCCAGUUUUGAUUUCCAGAAAGCCUCAAAUCCAGAAAGGAACUGUCGCGGCUUCGAGGACUCUUGGCGUACCCUGCCUCCAGUACAGCACCUCAAAAGCGACCCUUUAGGAACAUCGGGCGCCUACAGACCACGGUUCCACUAUUCCCAGGCUGGGCACGAUGGAUGGAAAGGAGCCUGGUAGUCUGACCAGGAGUAUGAAUGCCAGAAUAGUCCCGCGAGCUUGAAGUCCAAGGCCCCACCCAGAACCCGGGCCGCCCUGCUUGCCAAAGCUAGGCUGUAGGCUGAGACCCGCCCGAGUGCCAAAGUCCCGCCCAGGCCUACGUAAGGGCCCAGCCGGGUUCCGGAGUCCAGGUCUGGGGUAGUCCUCCCGUGAUUCCAAAGCUGCGUCCAAGACGGAAUUCUCGCUCAGUGCCAAAGGGAAGGCGAAGACGGAGAACUCGCGGCUCUCCUAAGUUCCACCCAGCAUAGAGUUCUCAGCGUGCCGAAGCCCCGCCGCACCCGCGGAGGGGCUGCCCAAUUCGGCAGCUUUGACUUUACGGGGCCCCCUCGCCCCGCCCUGCCCUACGUGAUCCACCAAUCAGAGCGAGGGGCUGCGCUCGCAGACGCCGGCCGGGAGGACCCGCCCGCAGGCCAAUCCGCGGAGCGUCCGCGGAGGGGCGGGGCUGCGGCGGACUCGCGGCGGGGGCAGGGGCGGAGAAGCAGCUAGCCGUCGGGAGCGGGCGGCGCGGGCGGCGCGGGCGGCGCGGGCGCAGGACGCUGAGAAGGCCCGGCUGGCGGCGGCGCGGGCCGGAGCUGCACGUGUUUCCUUCACUUUCAACUAAUGAAGAAUGGGAGAGAUAGAAGGAACAUACAGAGCUUUACCAACUUCAGGGACACGCUUGGGUGGCCAGACGUCCAUUGGAGUGAGUACCCUGGAACCAGAGCAGGGCCUCUCAGCCAGGAUGCAGGAGAAGCACAUGCACAUCAGAGUGAAGCUGCUGGACAGCACUGUACAAUUAUUUGACAUUGAGCCUAAGUGUGAUGGGCAGGUCUUACUGACGCAGGUGUGGGAGCACCUGAAUCUCGUUGAAUGUGACUACUUUGGUCUGGAGUUCAAGAACGUCCAGUCCUGCUGGAUUUGGCUUGAACCUAUGAAACCCAUCAUAAGGCAAGUACGAAAGCCAAAGAAUGUGUUGCUUCGCCUGGCAGUAAAGUUUUUCCCACCUGACCCUGGUCAGUUGCAAGAAGAGUACACAAGGUACCUGUUUGCCUUGCAGAUCAAGAGAGACCUCCUGGAGGAACGGCUGACCUGCACAGCCACCACUGCGGCCCUUCUCAUAUCCCACCUUCUGCAAUCGGAAAUCGGAGAUUAUGAUGAAACCCUGGAUCGAGAACACCUCAAAGCCAAUGAAUACUUGCCCAAUCAGGAGAAAUCUCUGGAAAAGAUACUAGACUUCCAUCAGAGGCACACGGGCCAGACUCCUGCAGACUCAGAUUUCCAGGUGCUUGAGAUUGCAAGGAAGUUGGAAAUGUAUGGCAUCAGGUUUCACAUGGCUUCUGACAGAGAAGGGACCAAGAUUAAUCUGGCAGUUUCUCACAUGGGUGUCCUGGUGUUCCAGGGUACCACCAAAAUCAAUACUUUCAACUGGUCCAAGGUCCGUAAACUAAGCUUCAAGAGGAAGAGGUUUCUUAUCAAACUCCACCCUGAGGUCCAUGGACCCUACCAGGACACAUUAGAGUUCUUGUUGGGUAGCAGAGAUGAAUGUAAGAACUUCUGGAAGAUAUGUGUGGAGUACCAUACCUUUUUUAGACUCUCUGACCAGCCUAAGCCAAAGGCAAAAGCUGUCUUCUUCAGCCGGGGCUCCUCCUUCAGAUACAGUGGAAGAACUCAGAAACAACUGGUAGAUUAUGUCAAAGACGGUGGGAUGAAGAGAAUUCCAUACGAAAGACGGCACAGUAAGACUCGGAUGUCACUUCAUGCUCUGACUGUAGAUCUGCCUAAACAGAGCAUCUCCUUCACCGAUGGCUUGAGAACUUCUGCCUCCCUGUCUUCAGCAAAUGUCUCCUUUUAUCCACCCCCUACUUCUUCUUUGUCCCCUCCUGGUCUGCCCAAUUUGAAGGACAGCAGCAGCUCCCUUGUGGAUCCCCAGGCUCCCCACAUCAAGAGCACAGCAGCAGAGAGGAGCAGCAGACCGCCGUCAUCAUCUGAAGGCCCCAGCACACAGCCGACCCAUCUCCCUGGACCCCCUGUGCUCCAGUCUGGUCCAGGCUUUUCUCUGGAUAAUCCUCAGCCUUCUCCCUCCAGCCUGAAGAGCCAACUGAGCCUGAGCCCUGAGCUCCAGGCCUCUUUGAGCACAGCUGAGCAGGGUUCAUCCCCUUUGCUAAGCCCUGCCCUCAGUGGCGCUGGCACAGCCAGGAUGGACAACCAAGAAGAGCAGAAACACAAGCACAUGCCAGAAGAUGAGGCCUAUUACAUAGCCAAGGAGCUUCUCGCUACAGAACGAACCUAUCUGAAGGACUUAGAAGUUAUCACUGUGUGGUUCCGAAGUGUGGUGAUCAAGGAGGAGGCCAUGCCUGCAGCCCUGAUGAGCCUGCUUUUCUCCAACAUUGAUCCAGUCUAUGAGUUCCAUCGAGGCUUCCUUCACGAGGUGGAGCAGAGGCUGGCACUCUGGGAAGGGCCCUCUAGUGCCCACUUAAGAGAUGAUCAUCAACAGAUUGGGGACAUCCUCCUCAGGAACAUGCGUCAGUUAAAGGAGUUUACUAGCUACUUCCAAAGACACGAUGAGGUCCUAACCGAGCUGGAAAAGGCCACAAAACACUGUAAAAAGCUGGAGGCCGUCUACAAAGAGUUUGAGCUCCAGAAGGUCUGCUACCUGCCUCUCAAUACAUUCCUGCUGAAGCCAGUCCAGAGGCUAGUCCACUACCGUCAGCUGCUGAGCCGGCUGUGCGCUCAUUACUCACCCGGGCACCGAGACUAUGCCAACUGCCAUGAGGCACUGAAGGCCAUCACAGAAGUGACCACUGAGCUCCAACAAAGCCUCACCCGGCUGGAAAACCUCCAGAAGCUGACAGAGCUACAGCGAGACCUGGUCGGUAUAGAAAACCUCAUUGCUCCUGGAAGGGAGUUCAUCCGUGAGGGCUGUCUUCACAAGCUCACAAAGAAGGGCCUGCAGCAGCGCAUGUUUUUCCUGUUCUCAGAUAUGUUGCUGUAUACGAGCAAAAGUGUCCCAGGGACCAGUCAUUUCCGGAUCCGUGGCUCCCUUCCACUCCGUGGCAUGCUGGUAGAAGAAAGUGAGAAUGAAUGGUCUGUUCCUCAUUGCUUCACCAUCUAUGCAGCUCAGAAAACAAUUGUGGUAGCAGCCAGCACUCGGCUAGAGAAGGAAAAGUGGAUGCAGGACCUGAAUGCAGCGAUCCAGGCAGCCAAGAGUAUUGGUGACUCACCCCCAGUGCUGCUAGGAGGCCCAGUGUAUACUCGUACCCCCAGAUCUUCUGAUGAAGUCUCUCUGGAAGAAUCAGAAGAUGGUCCAGGAACCCGGGGCUCCCUGGAGGGGAACAGCCAGCACCGGGCCAAUACCACAAUGCAUGUGUGCUGGUACCGGAACACAAGUGUGUCCAGGGCAGACCACAGUGCAGCUGUUGAGAACCAGCUUUCAGGAUAUCUGCUGAGAAAGUUUAAGAACAGUAAUGGCUGGCAGAAGCUCUGGGUGGUCUUUACCAACUUCUGCUUGUUCUUCUAUAAAACACAUCAGGAUGACCACCCCCUGGCCAGCCUCCCACUACUGGGUUACAGCGUGAGCCACCCCAGGGAGGCUGACGGCAUCCACAAAGACUACGUUUUCAAGCUCCAAUUCAAAUCUCACGUCUACUUCUUCCGGGCUGAGAGCAAGUACACGUUUGAAAGGUGGAUGGAAGUCAUCAAAAGGGCCAGCAGCUCACCAGGAAGACCCCCAAGUUUCACUCAGGACUGCUCACAUCUCUCUUCAAGGCUGGAGGCAGAGACCAGAGCAAAGGAGGCAUGUCCUUCACCCUGCUUGGACAAGAGCCUGUGACAGAGGCUUGCAGGGAGUGUAAGCGUCAUCUUCCUACAGAUGACAGGUGGCCCUGACCCUGGAAUGAUCCUCAUAAGACCUCUAGGAGGGGUUCUGCCUUCCCCAAACUCCAGAAACAGUGAAGACUCAUGAUGGCUGAGGCACAUGUCUGAGAUCCACAAAAAGGAAAUGGGAGGUAAGGGGGCCUGGUUUCAUGAACAUGGCCCUGCUGAGGACUAGCCCCAGACUCAGGCUUAUGUGAUGAGCUCCUGUUACUCUAGAGGUUAGCCUCCAGAUCAUAGCAAAACAAGAGUAUGGUGAAAGCUGCUCUGGCUCCCAUCCCACACACCUUCUAGGCCAGUGGGAAACAAAGACCAUCCUCCCACAACAAGGCCUGGGAAGGUGAGGCCUCUCAUCAGUUCCCAGUGUUUCUCAUUAAUUAGGGCAGGCCUGAUGCCUAUUCACCCAUGUGAUUUAAAAUAAAAGAACAUCUCCCCCACC